AUUUUCGCGCCGUCCCCUCUGUCCCGUGUAGGGUCGCUGUGCCGCGCGAGCUUCGUCAGUGAACUGAGACUCGCGCAGGCUGGCGAAUAUCACGCGCUGCCACAUUCUUCUACACGGUGAGAUUUCGCAUAAAGGUCCGCGCCGCACGUGAACGCAGAGCUCCUGCCAGCGGAGACGCCUUUCACUCACACCGCGGGUCACCACAGGCACCGAGUCCGCCGACAAGCCACCUGAGGGAGGCGAGAGAGCCGCCGCACCUCCCGCUGCUGCACGCACCCAACAGGGACCAUGGAGAGCGCACUUAACGGCUCGGGCGUGAAUUACCCGACCCAGUUCCCGGUGCCGUACAACAACAACAACAACAACAACAGCGGCUUCUGCGGGAACUUCACCGACAGUAACAACACCGCCAGCUUCGCGGAGGUGAGAUGCGACGGGGACCGCAGACUGGCCGGCAGCCACCUGAACUACGACGACACCAACCCGGUCAUUAUCGCCAUUGUCAUCACGGCUCUCUACUCCAUCGUGUGCAUGGUGGGGCUGGUCGGCAACGUGCUGGUUAUGUACAUCAUCAUCAGAUACACUAAAAUGAAGACAGCCACCAAUAUCUACAUCUUCAACCUCGCUCUGGCCGACGCCAUGGUCACCAGCACGCUACCGUUCCAAAGUGUCAACUACCUGAUGGGCACCUGGCCGUUUGGAGACUUGCUGUGCAAGAUGGUGAUGUCCAUCGACUACUACAACAUGUUCACCUCUAUCUUCACGCUCACCACUAUGAGCAUUGACCGCUACGUGGCUGUGUGCCACCCAGUGAAAGCGCUGGACUUCAGGACACCCCGCAACGCCAAGAUUGUCAACGUCUGCAACUGGAUUCUCUCCUCGGCUAUCGGGUUGCCUGUUAUGUUUAUGGCGUCCACUGCCACAUCCUCCAGUGUUGUUGACUGCAAGCUCAAUUUCCCGCACCCCUCAUGGUACUGGGACACCCUGCUGAAGAUCUGUGUGUUCAUCUUUGCCUUCAUCAUGCCCGUCCUCAUCAUCACCGUCUGCUACGGCCUCAUGAUCCUGCGGCUCAAGAGUGUGCGCAUGCUGUCGGGCUCCCAGGAGAAGGACAGGAACCUACGUCGGAUCACGCGCAUGGUCCUGGUGGUGGUUGCCGUCUUCAUCGUCUGCUGGACGCCCAUUCACAUCUUUGUCAUCAUCACCACUCUCGUCAACAUCCCCAGUUCCACGCUGCAGACGAUCACCUGGCACUUCUGCAUCGCCCUUGGCUACACAAACAGUAGUCUGAACCCAGUGCUUUAUGGCUACCUGGACGAGAACUUCAAGCGCUGUUUCCGUGAGUUCUGCACCCCGAGUCCUUCAGUGUUAGAGAUGCAGAACUCGUCCAGGACUGGAGCCAUGAGCCGCAAGCUCCCGCAGCGUGAACACAACAGUGCCAACACAGGAGACAGGUCCAAUCAACAGGUAUGACUAGCCUUGGAGGGGUCGUCGGUGGACUCUCGCUGUUGCGGCAGCGUUACCAAUGAUGACCCCAACUCGGAGGUCACACAGGUCACAACAGGGCUGUGACCACACACACACACACACACACAUACACAGCAAGCACACACAGG